ACAAGGAUUUUUAGUUAAAAAAGAAAAAAAAAUUGAGAAUUUCAUGAAAGGUCAUGAGACUAGAAAUGACAAAAUUGCAUUUUCCAGAUGUUCACACCAGUAUAGUGCCACCGCAUCAAGGACAUAGCAAAUUCUUUUUAGGGCAAAAAGAUAACGAAGUGUACUUGGCCAACAGUAGAGCAGAUGGACCUGGCAGCAGCAAAGCAGAUGCAUCCAACAGCAGCAGAGCAGAUGGAUCUGGCACUGGCAGCAGCAAAGCAUAUGCAUCCAAUAGCAGCAAAGCAUAUGCAUCCAAUAGCAGCAGUAGAGCAGAUACCUUUGGCGGCAGCAACAGCAACAAAGCAGAUGUCUUCAACAGCAGCAACAGAGCAAAUGGAUCCGAAAACAACAGUGGAGAUGGAUUCGACAGUAGCUACAACAAAGGAAACUGAGAAGGUGAGAGAUGAGUGAGCUGCAGACAAAAGAUUUGAGAGUAAGAGUGAUGAGAAUUAAAAUAAAUUAGGGUUAGGGAUAAAUGUAGGGGAAUGGGUUAGGUUGAGUUGGGUUGAAUAGUGUUGGGUUAUGUUUAAUUGUAAUUGGAUUGGAUUUGGGUUUGAAUUUGGGUUUGAGUUUGGGUUUGAGUUGAAAGGAUAAAUUAAUUUUAAAAUAAAAACAUUUUUUUUGU